AUGGGUUUUGUGGAUAACAAGAAGGCGGCCGAGGAUCUCAGAGUUGCUGAUCACAUCGAUGACCUAAUUGAAGGUAGAGAGCCACUUGCUACUGACAGCUUGGACGACACUGCCAAGAAGCUUAUCGAUAUGUUGGACGACUCCGGUGUGGUUCAGGACAGAGUUGCCGCUGAGAAUCUAGUCAAUGUUUUGAUGGAUGCAGGGCAAGAUAUCGAUAAGGUCCUUAGCGACUUCGUGGACCGCACAAUGCCUGACAAGCAGCAGCAGCAGAAGAAGGCGGUUCAGCAACAGUAG